AUGCCGGCCCUCUGGUCACCAGUCAAAGUUUGCGGCAUCGUUUCGGAGCUCAGCAAGAACAUGGCCUGCAUGGUUUGGAUCUGGGUCGUCUGCGUUCCUCAGAAGCGGUACCGCAUCACGACAGCUCGCUGGAACUCCAGUGGGCUGCUGGUUGGCCGCGUUGAUUCUCCUCCUCAAUCUGCCACCACAGCGUCCUCACAGUCAUCGUCAUUCGACGGCAGUGAGGAAGACACAAACACAAACAUCAACGCCAAUGGUAUCGAUGAGAGCCUGCUGCCGCCUGCUCUCCGCGGCCGCACUGGACCUUCCAAGCCUCCAAACCGCUGGAUUCUCUACCGUGCCGCCAAGUCAGCUGAGCUGCGGGCAGACAACCCAUCCAUGAACGCGAGCGAAAUCUCUCAAGUUGCAUCCCUGAUGUGGCAGGCAGAGUCCGCCGCGACAAAGGCAGAGUGGGAGGAGCGCGCAGCCGAAGCCCGCGAGGAGCACAUGCGAAACACUCCAGAGUAUGCGGUGGCGGCCGGUCUGCGCCAGCGCGCCAUCGCCGAGAGGAGAAGGCAGAGGCAGCAGAAGAAGAAGCAACAGGAGCAGCAGAAGGGCGACGGUGACAAGGUGGCCAAGGAGACUUCUACAUCCACAGAGAGCUUGGUCACUACGGACGUCGGCGCUGUCAGCAACCACGGCAGCAGCAGCAGUGAGGUGCCUGUCACAAGCCCACACUCGCCGACACUACUCAGUCCCGCGUCUGACAGCGAUUGUACGCCCGUCGGCAGCCCUCGAGCUCGCCACGGCUGGGGUUCUGAUGCUCUCAGCCUGAUGCUCGACGCCGCCGAAUUCUCUACUCUCUUCUGAUCUGGUCUCUGGCACUCUGAGCGUGCUAUUCCCAG